CAUGCAGCCCUUCACAUUGGUCGGUGCUCUUUUUCUGCUGCUCCACAUCUCCUCUGGCAGCACAGAAACCCACCGGCACUACCGACAAGUCCUUACUGGAAACCAAGCAGGUGUGUGUCGCUAUGGCAGGAGACUGGAGUGCUGCUAUGGCUGGAAGAAAAACAGUAAAGGGCAGUGUGAGGCUCAAUGUGACCACGGCUGCAAGCAUGGGGAGUGUGUUGGCCCCAACAAAUGCAAGUGUUUCCCUGGAUACACCGGGAAGACAUGUAAUCAAGAUCUGAACGAGUGUGGCUUGAAACCUCGUCCCUGUGAGCACCGCUGCAUGAACAGCUUUGGAAGCUACAAGUGCUACUGUCUCAACGGUUACACACUCCAGCCUGAUGGAUCUUGUGCAAAUUCUAGGACAUGCUCACUCACUCACUGUCAGUACGGAUGUGAGGAAGUUCAGGGGGAGAUUCGCUGCCUCUGCCCGUCUGCAGGACUGCAGCUGGGGCAAGAUGAGAGGACAUGUGUAGAUAUUGAUGAAUGUGUAACUGGGAAGAACCUCUGCCCAUUCAACAGACAAUGUGUGAACACGUUUGGCAGCUACUACUGCAAGUGCCAGGAUGGCUACGAUCUGAAAUAUGUAAACGGCAAAUAUGACUGUGUAGACCUCGAUGAGUGUGUAAGUGACACCCACAAGUGCAGCCACCAUGCUGUCUGUCUGAACACUCCAGGAUCCUACAAGUGCAGGUGCAAGUCUGGCUUCAGAGGCAAUGGCUUUGAAUGCUCUGCCAUACCAGACUCCCAAGUGAGGCCGAAGCAAGACAAUGAGGACAUCAAAAAUGUAAUCCCCGAACCAGUUGCCACGCAGCCUCCCAGGAUCCGUCAGCAGCCUUUCGACUAUGAUGGAGAGGUCUAUGUUGGCUCCCAGACCGAGCAGAGACGGGAGGAGAAAUUUCCUGAGGAGGAAGAAGAGGAGGAGGAGGAAGUGGAAGACAACCAGCUCAAUCCAAGGGGAGAUGUUUUCAUUUCAGAGGACUUUGAAUCAGUGUUUGGCCCGGCCACAGAGGUUAAAGAAAUUGAACUAGGACCAGUUCAAGAAGAGUUUAUCAUGGAUUGCAACUUUGAUCAGGGAGCAUGUGAGUGGGUCCAAGACAAGGCUGAUGACAUGGACUGGAGUGUAGCCUAUCAUAAUGAAGGAGAUGGCCCUGAGUACUACAUGAUCAUGAGUGGUCUCAUAGGGGAGCAGGAUGAUGUAGCCAGGCUUAAGUUGCUCCUCAGUGAUCGGACCCAGCAGGGCAGCUUCUGCCUCACCUUUGACUAUCGUGUGAUGGGUCAUAAUGUGGGAACUCUCAGAGUGCUGCUGGAUAACAUCUCUUAUCCAGUGUGGGAGCAGAGUCAAAGCAGAGACCAGGGCUGGCAGACAGAGCUCCUCACUGUGACCUGGAAAGAGGUGGCACCAGAAUCCAUUGUCUUUGAAGCUCAGCGUGGGAAAGGUGUUGGAGGAGAGAUCGGCCUGGACAACGUUGUUUUGACCUCAGGGCCUUGUCAAGAGGAUGUCAGCCCCUUCUUUUAAGAAUCCCCACACAGGAUUUAGAAUUAGCAAAUCUGCUCUAAGUGACGCAUGUCAAAGAUUCAUGUUUCCUGUCUGCAUUCAUUCUCUUUUUUCUGUAAAAUUCUCAACACUUUGUCAUACAUUAGCAACAGGACAUCCUCAUAUAUAGGUACAAGGUCCCAGGGGGCUAUUUUGUAUAAAAGGUACAUGCAUGUUUUAUUUUAUGGGGCAUGCUCCUACUUUAUGUUAAUGCAUCCUGUUACAUUGUUUUGGAAUAUUCAAAGUAGUCUCUUAUGAUCCAGAUGACACAGAUCUCAGGAAAAGGAGUCUGUUAGUUGGGUUGAACAGUAUUACACUUAGUCAUCUGUUGUGUACGUGAUUUGUUGAAAUUUAGUGAAAAUACUCUAACAUGUAAUGUGAAUCCUCAGUUGAGAUGUAUCUGAAAUUCAAUCACUUUUUGAAGGCUGGUAGGUGCUGUAAAUUUUGCUUUCAUUUUACUGUACCAUUACAUUAAACCUGUU